AUGUCUAUAUAUAGAGCAUCAGGAAAUAGAAAGGAUACUAGAAAGGAGGAGGGCGGAAGAGCCCCAGCAGGAGGAAAGAAGGGCGAUAGCUCAGCUGCUGGUGGCCCAGCAGAGUAUGAGACACAGGCAAAGCAAAAGAUUGAGGUGUGCCCGACAUUUGAAUCGAUGCAUCUUAAAGACGACCUACUCAGAGGCAUAUAUGGCUUUGGUUUCGAGAAGCCAUCGGCCAUUCAACAGCGUGCGAUUCUCCCCAUCAUUAAAGGACACGACACAAUAGCUCAGGCACAGAGUGGCACGGGCAAGACAGCGACGUUCUCCAUUGGCGCAUUGCAAUCAGUCGAUCCCAGCAUCAAGUCGCCUCAGGUGCUCAUCCUCUCGCCAACACGUGAGCUGGCACAGCAGAUUCAAAAGGUGCUGAUGGCGCUUGGCGGCUUCAUGAGCGUGCAGGUGCACUCAUUCAUUGGACAAAAGACCAUCGCCGAGGACCUUCGUCGUCUGGAGGCUGGCGUACACAUUGUCAGUGGCACACCAGGCCGUGUGAUCGACCUUAUCUCGAGAAAGGCGCUACAGACUAGACACAUCAAGAUGAUGAUUCUCGACGAGGCCGACGAGAUGCUCGGCAUGGGCUUCCAGCAACAGAUCAACGACGUCUACAGAUAUCUGCCGCCAGCCACACAGAUCGUGCUGGUGUCGGCCACACUCACACAGGACGUCGUCACAAUGACAGACAAGUUCAUGACCGACCCCGUCAAGAUCCUUUUGAAGCGUGAUGAGCUGACGCUCGAGGGCAUCAAGCAGUUCUUUGUGUCUGUGGAGAAGGAGGAGUGGAAGUUUGGAACACUGUGCGACAUCUACGACUCGCUCACCAUCACUCAAGCCGUCAUAUUCUGCAACACCAAAACAAAGGUCGAUGCUCUCACCGAGAAGAUGCGUGAAGCCAACUUCACAGUUGCCUCAAUGCAUGGUAACAUGGAACAGAAGGAACGUGAGGAGAUUCUCAAGUCAUUCAGAUCAGGCGAAAAUCGUGUGCUCAUUACAACAGAUAUCUUGGCAAGAGGCAUUGAUGUCCAGCAGGUUUCAUUGGUAAUCAAUUAUGACUUGCCAAAUGAUCGUGAGAACUAUAUUCACAGGAUUGGAAGAUCAGGUCGUUUUGGUCGCAAGGGAGUGGCAAUCAACUUUGUCAAGAGUAGUGACAUUAGAAUAUUGAGAGAUAUCGAACAAUUCUAUUCCACUCAAAUCGAUGAGAUGCCAAUGAACUUUGCCGAUUCGAUCAAC